CCAAUCUGCUGCUCCCUUCGCCAUGGCCGCGAAACUUGUGGCACCCGCCUUUUCGGCGGCGGCCAUGGUGGCGCCAGAUGAGACGGCCUACGACCUCUUUCAGCUGCUGCGAAGCAGUCGUAGCUCCAGGCUGCCCUGCUUGGAUCAGCACCUGCCUGGCCUCCUGAGCCCCGGCCAUGCCGUGGUGCUGCAUGGGGAGGCCAACAGCGGCAAGUCGGUGCUACUGCGCAACGUCUUAGCCGCUCAGUUGCUGCCUGUGCGCUGCGGGGGCCAUGGGCUGCCGGCAGUGCUGAUCGAUGCGGAGAACCAGUGCGAUGUGUGGCUGUUGGCCAAGGUGUUACAGGAACGCGCCCGCGCCGGCGACCAGCUGGCCACCACCGAGGCCGUGACCGAGGCGCUGGGGCGGCUGCUGAUCUUCCGCCCGAGCGAACCACUGGAGCUGCUGCGGCAGCUGCAGCGGCUGCGGCAGAUCCUGCGGCAGAACCCCACUGCGGGGCUGCUGGUCAUUGACUCGCUCUCGGCCUGGCACUCCAUGAGCGCGGCAUUUCCGCGCUCCACGGGCGCCACGCUGAAGGAAUGCUGGCGCGCCGUGUGGCGCCUGAUGCGCGAAGCCUGCGUGGCGGCGGUGAUCUCCCACCGCGACGGACAGCUGGAGUUCUCACUGGAAUUGGAAGCCAUCCAUCUGGGUGUUGGGUGCUGCCCCAAGGUGGUUGAAGAGGCUGAGGGAGAUGCUCCUCGAGGCAGCCAGCGGGAGUGUUUCUAUCUGGCGCCCUGGGGGAAGGAGUUAGAUACCACGGAUCCACAAAGCGCGCAGACCUUCUUUGUGAUCUCUCCUGCUGGUGAAGUGGUAUCCAUCCCUACACUGGGACUGGGAGAUCAACUGGUUGCCGUAGAGGGCCCAUGAGGGCCCCAAAACCGGGCCCCACCAUGGACGGUGUUUCAGAGCCGCUUGAGUCAGAUCGCUGGGCAUCAGAAGUAGGGUUACUUGGGCUCCCUGUUUAAC